UUCAGGGAGAUUGAAGGACCAUUUAGGGAGUGAGGGAGAUAGCUACUAUUUCAGGGAGUCUCCUGCAGAAUGAGGGAAGACUCUCAGGGCGGGAGAACUUUUGUUUCCCUGCCAGAAAUCUGAACCUUGCUCACCCACAGAGGAGGAGUAACAGAGAAGAGUGUGGUGUUCUCUUACCCAGAAUGCAGCAUUACCCACAGAGGAAGGCAAGAUGUGGAGACAACUAUUAGAGAAUGGCAGGUGUGCCUUUAAUGAGCACUGGCCACACAGCCUCUUGGUUCCGGUCGGAGGCGCACUUGUUUGCUGGAUGUUAUGUAGGCGCAGGAAGCCAACCAUAGAGAUGGGGGAUGGAUGGUGGGGUAGAGGAGAGAAACCUCAGAAGAAUGAGGAUACCAGUGUGAGACCCUUCCGCAUUGAGGUGUCUGAUGCAGAUAUUCAGGAUCUACACGAGCGCCUGGACAGGACUCGCUAUGUCUCUCCUCUGGAAGACUCGCAGUUUCAUUAUGGGUUCAAUGGCCCAGAACUCCAGAAGAUUGUCGCCUACUGGAAGGAUAAGUUCGAUUGGGGCAAACAGGUGGAAAUCAUCAACCAAUAUCCGCAUUACAAGACUAGCAUCGAGGGUCUGGAGAUACAUUUCAUACAUGUGAAGCCUUCGCACCUCCCCCCUGGACAGAAGGCUAUUCCCCUCCUUAUGGUUCACGGUUGGCCUGGUUCUUUCUACGAGUUCUACCGCAUCCUUCCACUCCUAACGGAGCCAGGGAAACAUGGUCUGGACCCUAAUCUCACGUUUGAGGUCAUCUGUCCCUCUAUCCCAGGAUACGGCUUUUCCGAGGCUCCUCACAAGAAAGGUUUUGACGCCGUUUCUGCAGCCCGCAUUUUCUACAAACUGAUGCUCAGACUGGGCUUUAAGGAGUUCUAUCUGCAAGGUGGCGAUUGGGGAAGCUUUAUAACUACAAACAUGGCCCUGUUGAAACCAGAGUCAAUAAAGGGACUCCAUUUGAAUGUAGUUUUUCUAAACAACAGAGGGUUCAAAAUGCUGAUAUCAAUACUCCUUGGCCGUUAUGUACCUUGGUUAGUGGGUCUGACACGGGAAGAUGUCAGACGUAUUUAUCCGUACUUUGAGAAGAACGUGUACGCGCUGCUCCGGGAGUCUGGAUACCUCCACAUUCAAGCUACCAAACCAGAUACCGUAGGCUCAUCUCUGAAUGACUCUCCUGCUGGACUUGCUGCCUAUAUUCUAGAGAAAUUCUCUACAUGGACAAAUCCAGACUUCAGAGCACUUGAGGAUGGUGGCCUCCAAAGGAAAUACUCCAUGGAUGAUCUUCUCACAAAUGUGAUGAUCUACUGGGUAACCGGAUCGGUCACAUCCUCAAUGAGGUUCUACAAGGAGAACUUUACCCGGGAAUUCCAGAGCUCUCCGAUACACAGGACUCCUGUGUAUGUACCUACUGGAAUUGCAGCCUUCCCCUGCGAAGUAAUGCACGUCCCAAGGUCAUGGGCCAAGGAAAGACAUAAGAAAAUCGUCACUUACACGUACAUGCCACGUGGGGGACACUUUGCUGCCUUUGAGGAGCCCGAGCUUCUCGCCCGCGAUAUCCAGAACUUCGUAUCUAAGGUGGAAAAAAAUUAAUCUGUAAAAUAAGUUGUGAAAGAGCGGAGCCUGUUACUUUGUCAGUUUAAUAAAAGCUACUUUGGAAAUAU